CAACGACAGCUAGAAACUGAAGGAAAGACGCACUUUGUACAAUAUUAAGAUGGUGGAUUUUUCAUAACAGCUUUUUGACAAAGAAUAGGUUGCAGGCUACAGCUAGCCUAAGUUGAUUUGACACGGCGAUUCGGUGAAGAAAGACAAUGUGCCUAAGAGCGCUCCAUCUGUAAACAACCGACGUUUUCAUGCAAUAUCUCUGUGUCUCCGGUGAUGGGAUAUGAUGGAGGACAAAGGCCCUCGCGUAGCCGACUACUUUGUGGUGGCCGGCCUCACCGACUCCUCCAAGCCCCUGGAGGAGGAGCUCCACCAGCAGGCCGAUGAGUCGUGCCAGCGCCCCGCGGGCCCCUCGGCCGGCGGCCAGGGCCGGGCGCCCAUCACCGACGUGGCGGUGGUCAUCCGCUCGCAGGGCGAGGAGGUGCCGCGCGGCUACACCUGCGUGGAGACCACCCCCUCGGGGCUGCCCGCCGAGCUCAACGCCGGCACGCUCAUGGGGCCGCAGAUCUUCCUGUGCUACCGCAGGGGCAGGGACAAGCCUCCCCUCACGGACCUGGGAGUGCUGUAUGAGUGGCGGGAGAAGCUGAAGCCGGGCUGUCACAUCAUCCAGACCACGCCGUCCGGUCGCCCGGCCAACAUCAGCAACUCCUCCUCCCAGCGCAUCUACAUCACCUACCGCCGCGCCCACGAGAGCCACUCCCACGCCUCAUUGGCCGUCACCGACAUCUGCGUCAUCAUCCCAGGGAAAGGGGAGACGCCCCCUCACACCUACUGCAAAGUGGAGAAGAACCUCAACAGCAGCAUGUGGGGGUCGUCUGUGUACCUCUGCUACAAGAAGUCUCUGGCCAAAACCAACACGCUGGCAUUCAAAGCAGGUCUGGUCUCCCGGUUCCCAGAGGAGGACUACGAGUCGUUUCCACUGCCCGAGUCGGUGCCUCUCUUCUGCCUGCCCAUGGGGGCGUCCAUCGAGUGCUGGCCCGCACACACCAAAUACUCCUUGCCUGUCUUCUCAACGUUCGUCCUCACUGGAGCCUCUGGGGAGAAGGUGUAUGGGGCAGCCAUCCAGUUCUACGAGGCCUACUCGGAGGAGGGUCUGACGGAGAGGCAGCGUGUGCAGCUGGGCCUGCAGGACGGGGGUCUGCGGUCAGACGCGUCCAUGACCGUCCACACCAACAAGAGCAUCUGCCUGCUCUCCCACUGGCCCUUCUUCGACGCCUUCCGCAGCUUCCUCACCUUCCUCUACCGAUACUCCAUCUCCGGCCCGCACAUCCUCCCCAUAGAGAAGCACAUCUCCCACUUCAUGCACAAAGUGCCCUUCCCCUCCUCACAAAGGCCUCGCAUCCUGGUUCAGCUGUCUCCACACGAUAGCCUGAUGCUGAGCCAGCCAGUGUCCUCUCCUCUGCCCUUGAGUGGAGGUCGUCUGUCCACGCUGCUGUUGAACCUGGGCCCCAAGAACGCCGCCAGCCUGCUGGUCCUGGCCGUCACCGAGCACAAGAUCCUGCUGCACUCGCUCCGUCCGGCCGUGCUGACCAGCGUGGCCGAGGCCCUGGUCUCGAUGAUCUUCCCGUUCCACUGGCCGUGCCCGUACAUCCCGCUGUGCCCGCUCGCCCUGGCCGACGUCCUCAGCGCCCCGUGCCCCUUCAUCGUGGGCGUCGACUCGCGCUACUUCGACCUCUACGAACCCCCGGCCGACGUGAGCUGCGUGGACCUGGACACCAACACCAUCUCCCACAAAGAGGACAGGCGAUCGCUGACCUGGAAGAUCCUGCCGAGGAAAGCCUGCAAACAUUUGAUCAACGCUCUGAGCAGCCUCCACCAGCAGCUGGCUGACGGUGAUCUGGUGACUCGGGAGGACGGGCAGAUGGAGCCGGCCAUGAGUGAGCGUGAUCCCGGCGGCGGCGGCGGGGGCAAGAGCCUGCAGACCCUGGAGCUGGAGAUCCAGGAGGCCUUCCUGCGCUUCAUGGCGGCCAUCCUCAAGGGCUACCGCUCCUAUCUGCUGCCCAUCACCGAGGCGCCCUCCGAGAAGGCCACCGACGCCAGCUCGCUCUUCGACCUGCAGGGCUUUCUGAAGAGCCGCGAUCGCUCGCACCAGAAGUUCUACUCGCUCAUGACCAAGACCCAGAUGUUCAUCCGCUUCAUCGAGGAGUGCUCUUUCGUCAGCGACAAAGAUGCCAGCUUGGCCUUCUUCGACGACUGCGUCGACAAGCUCUUCGGAGCGGAGAAAGGAGGCAAGGUGGACAGUGAGAAGCUGGAGGACGCUCGGCUCAUUGAGCUGGAUAAGUCCCACCGCAGUGAGCACACCGUCUUCAUCACCCCCCCAGAGCUGCCCCCAGUACCCGAGGGAGAGGAGCCCACAGCCCGCUACAGUUACGCCGGGUUUCCCGCUCUGAGCGCCGAGCUCUGCCAGUCUCAAGAGGGGCAGCACGUUUCCAUGGCAAUCACGUCAGCCAGACAUGGCAGCCCCACCAGCCCCUCGGCAAUCUUCCGGCGCUCCAAGCAGGAGAUCAAGCUGGCCCAGAAGAUGGCCAAGACGUACUCGUCCAUCCCGCAGAUGUGGUCCAAGUGCCUGCUGCGGCACUGCCACGGCCUGUGGUUCAUCUGCCUGCCCGGCUACACCAGCGAGUGCCACUCCAAGGUGCGGGCGCUGCGCACUGCCUACGACCUGCUCCGCAGCAUGCAGGACAAGAAGCUGCAGCCGCCCGACGAGGUGUGUUACCGGGUGCUGAUGCAGCUGUGUGGUCAGUAUGGGCAGCCGGUGCUGGCUGUGCGUGUCCUGUUUGAGAUGAAGAAGGCCGGCGUCCAGCCCAAUGCCAUCACCUAUGGCUACUACAACAGGGCGGUCCUGGAGAGCACGUGGCCCUCCGCCACUAGAGGGGGCUACUUCCUGUGGGGGAAGCUGCGAAACGUGCUGCGGGGUGUGGUCCAGUUCAAACAGGUGUGGCGGAGGCAAGCGCCCGUCUCCAGGGAGACACACCUCUCAGACGCCAGCGAUCUGGACAGCCUGAGUCACGGAAGUGUGGACAGCGCUAACGACUCGGCCGAGCGUGCCUCCCUCGACACCGACUUCGCCAAGAUGGACUCUGGUGACGACAGAUCAAGCACAGGAGGUCAGUCAGACCAAGGCUAUGACUCCCUAUCCAAAGAGGAGGUGCGACUGGUGGGAACCGAGGAGCAGCUGUGCCCUCCUAACGGAAAGGAGAAGGAGUCGGAGCGAGACGCUCGACCCUUGGAGCGCAGUGAAGCUUCUAGAAGACCAGAGCCCAUCUCUCUCCCUUCAACUCCCACCGCUAUUGUGCAGGAAGUCAGCGCUGUGGUCGACGCCGGGUCUGGGCACCGGGCCAUGCCAGCGAUGCCUCCCACGGCAGAGAGCGGCGAUGGGGGGACGCUCUCGGGAACGCUGCCCAAGAGCCGGAGGCCCAACUCCCUGGCCAUAUUCGGAGAGCGUCCGGCGCGGGCCGACCCGCCGACCGCCACGCCCGCCUCUGGGAACGCCUCCAGGAAGGAGGAGGAAGAGGAGGAGGAAGACGUGGGUGCCGAAGGCGCCGCGGCCAAAGCUAGCGCGGAGCGCAGCGCGAGCUGUGGCGUCGUCGUGGAGACGGGCGGGGCCGCCGUCACCGUGGUAUCGGCUCGGAGGAGAGCGGGCGCCGGGAUGGCGAGGAGCGUCAGCGUGGGCACGGGGCUCAGCGGCGCCGCCAUCAAGCGCGUGGACAUCCGGGCCGGCUUCGACCCGCUCUCCCUGCUCGCCGCCGAGACGCCAACACCAACGCCGACGCCCGCGCACACCCCCGCGAUCGCCCGCGCCCAGACGCCAGCCGACGGAGACGGAGACGGAGAGGUGGACGCGCCGGACACCCCCACCACCCGCCGCCACCUGGCCGAGGAGAUCAAGCUGCACAUGGACAACCUGAGCAGCCCCGUCAGUGACCGCCCGCACAGCCUGGACCAGCGGGGCCCGCUGACCCCCGUCCGCUCCCCUUGCGGCUCCCCCAGACAAUCGGGCUCCUCUAAGCCCCGGGGGACCCCCCAGCAGCAGCCCCCCCUGCCCCAGUCGCCCCUGCAGCCCCAGCCCCAGCUGCGCAGCCGCCUGUUCUCCUCGCCCUCCAUGCCCCAGGGGGGGUCGCGGCGGCCCAAGGAGCGGCCCACCUCCCUGAUCUCGCCCUCCUCGCCCUCCCCCACGCCCUCCUCCUUCUCCAUGGACUCGCUCUUCACCCCCACCCUCGACGUCUUCAAGAGCAGCUUCCUGUCGGCGGGCAAGGGCGUGGCAGAGAAGGCCAGCAGGCUCUACUCGCGCCUCUCAUCACAGACCUCCCUGCAGCAGGAUGCCAACUCGGACCGGGUCAGCAUCUCGUCCAUGGGCUCGGGCGACCCCGAGUGCUUCUCGCUGUUUGACGGCGACGCGUGCAUCGACCCGGACGGUUUCACGUCGCCCAAGCGAGACGGCGGCCUGCUCCUGUCACGACCCAGGCGGAGUCCGCGCAGGACCAGUCAGAACCAGGACAGCCCCACAGCGCCCCCUAGGCUCUUCCGUCAAUCCUCCUUCUACGGCUCUUCGGCCGCCCUCUCCAAGCCUCCGCACACUCCAGACUCGUCUCCAGACAACGGACGCUCCGCCGCCCAGCAGACCUACGCCAUCGAGGUCCUGAUGUCCAGCUGCUCGCGCUGUAACACCUGUGAGUGCCUGGUGUAUGACGAGGAGAUCAUGGCGGGCUGGACGGCGGACGACUCCAACCUCAACAGCACCUGCCCCUUCUGUGGCUCUCCAUUCCUGCCCCUCCUGGACGUGGAGAUCAGAGACCUGCGCACGCAGAGGAGGUCUUCUCCCCAAGAGGCGUCCUCAUCCUGCAGUAACCAGAGCCCUGAGAGCACAGGCCAGACCCCAGAGAGCCCAGACAACGCCCCUGCCACUGACCACAGCCCCCCACAACAAAUGGACCCGUCGGUCACAACCAGUGACAACAGCCCCCCACAACACGAGGACCUGCCGGUCACAUCGAAUGACCAGAGCCCCCCACAACCCAAGGACCUGCCGGUCACAUCGAAUGACCAGAGCCCCCCACAAGACGAGGACCUGCCGGUCACAUCGAAUGACCAGACCUCUGCUGAUGCUCCUGCCAGCUUGGCUAAAUCUUCAGCGGAGCGCGUGUGCGUGCCCUACCUGAGUCCGCUGGUGCUGUGGAAGGAGCUGGAGUCUCUGCUGGAGAACGAGGGCGACCAGGCGCUCUGCUCGGCCGCCGUGGUGGACCAGCACCCCAUCGUCUUCUGGAACCUCGUCUGGUUCUUCCGCCGCCUCGACCUGCCCAGCUGCCUGCCCCCGCUCAUCCUCAGCUCGCAGCACUGUCUCCAAGACGACCAGGGCUCUCAGAGUGGUUCUUCAGAGGAGAGCAAGAAUGUUCUGGUCCAGAUUCUGUGGGACAAUCCCAGACUGCACCAGGACCCCAUCCAGCCCUGCUACAAGCUCUGGAACAAACAUUGUGUGAGUGCGUGUGGUCCGGCUCCUCUGUGGGAGGAGGAGAGUCCAGAGCAGGCGGUCAGCCUGGAGCUGCUGCAGAGCGUGGUCAAGAGCAUCAAGAGGAACGACGUCUACCAGCCCAUGAGCCAGGUCCUCCAGCAGCUCGGAGACCGCCUGGGCUUCGUCAGACAGAGGAGUCUUUACCGAGAGCUUCUCUUCUUGUCUUUGGUGUCCUUGGGCAAGAACAGUGUGAACAUUGAUGCCUUCGACCGCGAGUAUAAGAUGGCGUACGAUCGCCUGACCCCAGGUCAGGUGAAGCUGACGCAUAACUGUGACCGUCCACCCAGCGCUGGGGUGAUGGAGUGUCGCCGGACCUUCGGCCUCCCCAGCCUGUGACUCCCCCGUGUGGACACCAACCCCCACCCCCAACCCCUCCCCAUCUAACCCCCACCCUCCAUCCUCCAAUCCCACCUCUCGCGCUCUGCCCAGGCCUCCGCCUAGACGCCCCCCACACUGCUACAUCCCUCCUGCACGCCUGUCCCUCCUCUCCCUGGAGAGAAGACUGGAGGCUUGAACUUGGUGGACAUGAAAACCUCUUAGACGUGGGCAGGAGUCGUCCCAUCCCCUACUCCCUCCUUCCCUCCAUCUCACUUUCCCUCCUCCCCUCCGCACGUAUUCCCUCCUUUUAACUGGAAACUUCCGCUCGACCAAAGCCACCUCCAUGCUGCUCCCACAUGACACGUAGCCAGGUACACCAUGGAGAAUCCCCCCCCCCCUCCCCCCCUCCCUUUGUCCUUCUUGAAGACUGUUCCCCGAUGUCUGGUCUGGUCUUGUCUGGUUUGUCUGUCUGCUUUUGCCGGGAACUUCUCUUUUGUCUGUCAGAUAUCCUUCUCCCUCCCUCUCUCUCUCACUCUCUCUCUCUCUCUUUCAAGCACUCUCCACCACCUGACCAAUGGACCUUUAUAGUUCUGUAUGUUCCCCGCUGUACACAAUAACCCACUAGAUCCACUCAGGAAAAAAAAGAAGAAAUUAAAGAAAUAGUUUCCGCUAUUUUCACUACAGGUCACAGUAGAUUAGGAGCAAUAAUGUGCUCAGGUCAUAGCCUCCGGUCCAGCCAGAGACCACAAAAACCGUCUCCACUGGACACAGAGAUUUUGGGACCAGUAGAAUUUUCACAACAGUGUUUAGCCACUCAAGUCUCAUAUUUGUAAGGAAGCACUUAGCGUAUAAGCACAAAGACUAUCACCCUCAGAGCAGUGCUAGCCAGCUAGCUGUCCUGCUCACAUUCCUCUCCAUGUUGUUACAUUAGCAAUUAGACACCAGCCCUGUUUUACUCUUAGCACAUGUAAAAUAGCUAACAUCUGAUUGGUCCAAAAAAAGUUUCUCAACCAAUCAUUAGGGGUGUUGUUAGUUUUGCAGGAGCUAAAGGUCUCUACACAUGCUGUGAGUAAUUCAGGGCCUCUUGGUGGUACUACAGGGGCACUUGUGUUUGAAAAUCACAUACAAAUAUGUAAUUCUGUAGAUAAUCGAUUAUUAUUGUUAUUAUUAUUAUAUUGCUGACAAUAUUUGUAUCAUACAGGUAUAUUUUAAGAUGGAUGUUUGCUAUAAUCGACUUUAUGUUCAUUUGUAAAAAUGAAAUGUUGAUAUGACGUGGGACUUAUUUUGCGAGAGUGCGGUUUGUUCAUGUGAUUUGUGGUGGUCCUGGUGACCACUUUGCGUGGGCCGUGUCGUGUGAGUGUCGUAAACAUGACUGUGUUCUAAGUGCUGAAGAACAAAACUGGACCAAAAAAAAAGGCAACUGGGGGUUGUGUAGAAAAUGGCCCCCUACAAUGGGUAGAUAAAUGUGUGUUUAGGCCCACUUAUGAACUGAAGAGACUCCAUCACAGAUGGAAAGAUAUGUGGACUCUGUUGACAACUGGAAUAGAGAAGCUGCUGGAGACAUUGGUAUCACAUCUCUUUCCCUCUGGGAAAAAAAGUGAAAGCAUUGACUGUUGAUUGAAAUUGUUUAAAGUAUAAAUUCCACUUUAUCUUAAUAUUUUAUCCUUACUAUGGUGAACGUGAAAUGCAAUAUUGCCAUGUUUGUUUUUAGAAUGACAUAACAUGGCCAGAGCGAUGAGCCCAUAUGCAGUCAGAAACACUGCAGUAGGUACAAGUAUGAACACAUGAUAUAUCCAAGAUGGCUGCUGGUACUGACAUAGAGCUGACCUUGACUUGACAUAGAAUCUGGCCCUGACUUGGCAUGGAGUCAUGGAUGACUGUGUUAGGAUUGGGCCAAAAUGGCUCCAAAUGCGGCGACCAUCUUGGACAGUGACUCUUAAAAGUAUUAUAAAAGUUCUGCUUUGCACACAACUAGCCGGCAGCUGGAGAGUGCCGAGCUGCCUCUGCCAAUUUGUCAGUGUUAAAUCUACAUGAGUUAAUUUAGUCAUGUGGUCCUCUGGUGAGCUUAAGCUGCAGCAGCACUGCUGGAUGGUUAUGAAGUGGAGGACACUUACGGUACAGAAACAUUUGCACUGAAAUACAAACACAUGCUAUUCACACAUACACAUACUGUACACAUACAUACAGAGAUUACACAAAUACUGCCAGGUUUUUUCUAAAUGAGUGAAAUCUUACUUCAAAGAUCAGCUUCAAUUUGUUGAACUCAAUUGUUUAUUGACUGAAUAUACAAUCACAGAAUGAAAAUGAAACAAAACAAAAACAAAAACAAAUGUCCUUUGAGACUGCCUUUGGCUAUAGUUGAGAUGUUUUGACUGUUUUGCUGCCAUCCGCCACAUAUGGUACUAGUGAAGUUUACAGUGGCAAAGAUCAACAGCCAAACUUUUCUUACAGCAAAUUCUAAGUAAAAAUCAUUUGACUAUUCUGUAUCCAGCUCACAGCGAUAUAUAUCUACUGAAAUGUGUUUUUUUUGUAAACUGAACUGUGUUGGGCCAAUGUCUUACACCCAUACACAUAUCAUAUAUUUGUUUUAUUCCUGUUAUUUAUAUUUGUAUGCUCAUUAUGAUUUGGAGUCUGGACUGGAUCUUCAGAACAAUGUUUAUAACUGUAAAUAAAACACUAGUG